AUGCUUCAUAUGUUUCGAGAUCUUCUAUCUCGAUGCCCUGCACCUAAAGAAUGGUCACAAAUUCGUUUAACUCAAACAAAAAUUUUUCUAAAAAUUCUUCGCUUCUCGAGUGCUUAUUUACAACACAAAUUCUCUUCUGAAAUUAAUUUUUCUGGCCAAUUAUGGUUAGAAUGUAUGUAUAGCUGUGUUGCUGUAAUUAAAUGGGCAUGUUUAGAGAAAGGUGGAAAAAUUGUUUUUAUGUUUUCUUUGAUUAGAAAUUUUUUAGUUUUCUCCCGACAAAAAAGGGAUAAUAGACGAAGCUAUUUGAACAGAGAUUAUUACAAUAUAUGUAAAAUUUCUGUUAGAAUUUUAUUGUCCUUGUGGCACUCACUUAGUCCAGACCAGAAAAUUCAGUUAAUGCCUGAAAUGAUUAGUCCUUUACUUGAGUUAUCUCUUUGUAAUAAUUCACAUAUACGUCUUUUAAUUACUCCAAUAUUUUUUGAUAUUUUAUAUACAGAAUAUUUUAUACAAAAUACAAAAACAUUAAUUACCCCUUCAGAAGUUGUUUUAAGAAAAACUUUUUUCCAAAAACAAACUCAACAACAAAAUUUAAAUAAAAGUUUAUUUUUUGAAGAAUUUGUUAAGAGAUUGGAUAUUGCUUUAGAUGAAGCUAAAGAUGAUUUUUUGUUUGGGGAAUUUAAGAAAACUUUAAAUGAAAUAUUUGAUGAAAAAAUAAUUACUCUAGAAAGUGAAGAAAUUAAUGCUGUAAAUGUUGUUGACUCCUUAGCAAGUAUAACUAGAUUUUUUGUUAAGGUAAAAUAA